GCAUGCAGCUCUGAGGGGAUGCACAGGCACAUGAAAGUAGUGAUUUUAUCUGCUGAAAAUGAGGCAAAUGGCAUAUAAACGGGUCAUCACAGAUAGCCAACUGCUAUCUGCCUCCCCAGGCAAGACUUAAAGCUUUGACUGUCGGUUUGCGGUUAUAGUUCAAACUUGGCUUCAGCAUUCAGACGACCAGGAGCAGCAGAAGCAGCACCAACUACACACACAUGAGAGCCGGAGCACAGAGAAAAAUAUGAAAAAGAUAUAUAUUGGCAAAACUGCUCUCAAAACCCAGAGAAACGGUUGCAAACAUCAAAAAAGGAGCUCAUUUCACGACCACAAGGAUGACCUACGUAAGCGCCUGUCGUACACUACCCACAAACUAGAGAUGGUGGAAACUGAGUUUGACUCCACUCGGCAGUACCUCGAGACAGAGCUGCGCCGGGCCCAGGAGGAACUGGAGAAAUUUACAGAGAAGCUGCGCAGGAUCCAGAGUAGCUAUGCAGCUCUUCAGAGGAUCAACCAGGAUUUGGAGGACAAGAUGCACAGGGCGUCACAGCACCACGAGGAGGAAAAGAGAGCCCUCAGCCGGGAAAUCAUUGUUCUCAACAAUCAUCUCAUGGAGGCGAAGAUCACCAUUAAUAAACUCAGAGAGGACAAUGACCUGUACAGGAAAGACUGCAAUCUGGCAGCCCAGCUGCUGCAGUGCUCCAAGUCUCACUACAGAGCACAUAAGAUGUCUGAGCUGCCACUGGAUUUCCAGGAACGCAUCAGUUCCCUCAUGGAAAAACAUAAUCAGAGUAGUGGCGUCACCAUGGCAAUGUGUCACUCAAAUUAUCCAGACGCUGUGCCCACAGCCAUAAUUGCCAAGGUCCUGGAAAAGCCAGAGCCUGGAAGCAGUUGCCCUGUAACGCGUUCACCCAGCCCGCAGGCACAGGAUGGAGACUUUCUGACAGGAACAGGAAGCACUGAUCAUCUGAACCGGCGCCUUUCUUAUAAGACAUCUGACCUGUACUGCAGCGACACGGCGCUCUACUGUCCUGAACGAUGGCAGGACACCGAGCGCAGACAAAGUGUCGACCUUCAUGGCACUGGCCUGCUUCAGCUUCACGCUCAGAACUCUGUUGACAGCAACCCCGAUGAAGAUGCUUUCCACUCUGGAAGUUUUUCCCACCAUGAACCCCCAUCCUCCUUCCGUCACCACGAUGAGUUCGGCACUGGGAGUCUCCCAGUGUCCAGUUCCUACUCCAGUUUUAGUCUUGCAUCAGAUGAAAAGGGAGGAGUUAGUGGAGGAUGUGGGCGCACUGGCAGCAGCACCUUAUCUUCUUCCCACCAGGGUCUCUACAUGGACUGGCGAGAAGGUAGUAGUGGAGACUAUGAGCACAAAAGUAUUUCCUCCUAUGAUAAAGACAGAUCAAGCUUCCCCAAGUCCCACAGCAUCCAGCACAUGGCAACCCAAAGGAGCCCCCAGAAGGGCCCCUCACCAGCCUACACAAGGACAGCGUCAUGUUUCAGUGAACCAUUCCACUCCAGCACUCCUCGUCUGGCCUCCUCUCACAGCAUGGGGUCUACAAUUGGACUGGGCCAGGCUCAUGGAGGAACCCUUGACAGCCAGGGUGAUGUCCAGGUCUCCGAGGAUGACCUGAGCAGCCGCUGGAGACAGCUCAGCGUGGAAGACAUCAACACCUUUUCAUCUUCUUAUCGCAACAUUACAGGGCGGGUUUCUCCAUACAGUUUCUCUGAACGCCACUUUGCCAUGGGCCCCUCCAGUAAAGUCAAAGGGUCUCUCUACAGCAGCUUCCAAGAAGGAGACGACGUCUUCCACAGUCGGGUGCUGGAGCAGUGCUUUCCCAUGAGUUCCUCCUCUCCCAGCCGCAGUCCCAAGCCAAAAGAGCAUCGCAAGCAGGAGAAAACUUCUGUGCUGUAUAGAGCCAAGGAUGACAGUCAGGACUCUGAGAGCAGUUUGUUCCUCUCAGGGAGCUCUAAAGACAAGGAGAGCAGCGGGGGAGCGACAGCGGCAAGCAGCGCAAAGAAGGACUACGUGAAUCUGAGCGCAGACAGUUCGGCUGAUUCCUUACACCAAAGCUCACUUGAAGCCUCAAGUCUUCAACACUACCCCACCCCCAGGCCGAGCGUCCGGCCCCGCCCGAGCUCCAGCUCUGCUCUCAGCAUCGGCCCCGCGCUCCCAAAGAAGACUUCUGCAAGAUACCAAAAGUUUGGCAGUACAGGACUGACGAGAAAGGACAGUUUGACCAAGGCACAGCUAUACGGUACGCUGCUGAACUGAGUGGAGAAAGCGAUUUUUAUUUUAUGCAUGAUGAUGACGAUGAUAACGAGUCCUAACUUUCUGUACUGUUCUGUAUCUCUCCCUGCAGCAAACACAUACUUGGUGUGAUGGGGUGUUCCGAUGUUGUUUUAUGUAUCUUAGCCACGGCACGUUUCACGCAGUCUGCAACCUUUUUCUCUAUUGUACGUCAGUGUAUUUAUCGACCUGAGACAUGCUAGUCAGUAUGUUUUUGUUUAAGUGAUGGCGAUAUUUAGAGGCACCAGGAUAAAACCACAUUCUCUCUACAACACAAAGAUACUGUGCUAUUCACUCUUUUUUUAAGUACUGUUAGUAAAACCAGCAAAAGAUCAUUAAUUCUUGCUCUAAUAUAUACAAGUGCUGAAAAUGAAGUGUGUUUAAUGAGGUGACUUAAUUCUGCAUGUUUGCGAGAGGUUAUCCAUUAGGUUUAGGCAGGCUGCGCUGACUGCAAACUGUUAAAACAAUUUACUUUCACUUACACAAAUGCAUGUUGUGUAAUGCAUAUGAAUAAGGUGGAAAAAACAUUUCCAGCUAAACUGUUUUUCAAAGAGACAUUAUCUGUAGGCAACCCUUACCAGAAGGAAAUAUUCUCCAACUGGCUAAAUAAGAGAUUUAAAUAAUAUAUAUUUAUUUCAAGGCCAUAUGAUAUUUCAUAGCAAGAUUUAUAUAGCUAAUAGAGUAAUCCCACACUUCUUAAUAAGAACCCUAAAUUGCCUACAUUUGUCAGCUAUAAAAUAUACAAAUAUAUUUUUAAAUAAUAUAAUUAUUAUGAGAGGAAAUACACAAAUAUAACCAGGUACCCAUUCAGUAAAACCUAUUACACAGACGUACAGUAUUGUGCAAAAGUCUCCAGCCACCUUUUAUGUUUUGUCUCUUUCUUGUUAUUUUUUUUAAAUGUUGUUUUGAGUAAUAGUUUUCUAGGUUUUCUGAAGGUCUUCCAAAGUUUUUCUUUGGACAUUUAGUUGCUUUUUUCAUUCAUUUUCAGUCCAGUUAUUUUACCUCACCGAAUCAUUCAAUGAUAAUAAAAAAGCAUCUCACAAAAGGGAUGAAGCAGUGUUGUGUCGACACAUAACAGACAACUUAGCACAGAACCAAUUUUAAAUUAUAUUUUCAGGCACUCUGUUACUAGAGGCCUGUUGCAAAAAACAGAUCAUUUGUUCCCAUUUUUUCAGGUAAGUCUAUGAAAAAUGCUAACGAUAACACAGUCUGACAGAUUAAAAAAAAUAGUAUUUUGGCAUCAACAAGAUGAUUCCCAUUGACAGCAAUUGAACCAACUUCAAAAAAAAAAAAUCCAAAGACCUUACAUGGGACCUGGGAGAUGCAUCUGGGCUUUACGUUGACCCAUCCACCGGAAACUGACGCCUAAUCAGAAAUGGUGUCAGUAGAAGGGUGGCUCAUGUCUUUUGCACAGUACUAUAACUCAAACAAAGCAGCAGGUAUAAGUCAUUCAUUUUACCCAACUGGAAAUUUUUCAUAUAUUUGUACAAAAAUAAGAUGACAUCAGCAGUCAUACUGCACAGCGGUUACCGUAAAAACCAAGACACUUGUGAAAUUGCCUUAAUCCUGUCCAGUGGACAGAAAGGUCUCCUUUACAGCAUCUAACAACUGUGUACAUACUGUAUAUCUGCUGUAUUGUCACUGUAUGUAUGCACUACUGUUACAGCGUAUGCUCUUCCUGUCAGAUAAUAUAUAUACAUACACAGGUUUUAGGAGACAGAUUAAGUCACGUUUUUCGAUGUUGAUCAUCACUGGAUUUUGCUGACAUGAAAUUCUGAAAAAUUUCUACUGAUGUGCCAACUUUUAACACUUUUGGUACUAUAUACACAAAAGCAAAACGACACUGUUGGUUCUACUACUUUAAGGGGAGAGUUAAUUGGAAAAUUGUCCAGGCCUUGGUGGAAGUUCUGAAACGUAUGCACAAGAAAAGGUGGAUGGGUAAGUGCACUGAAAAGGUAGUAAAGAGUGACUAAACACAAACAUGUACAGUCAGUGUGUUGUUUUCAACCAGCAUGGUCAGUAAACACUGGGAAAUGGACAAAGCUUGUGUAUAUACAGACAUAGAAAGUGUCAAAGACCUUAUUAUAAAAUACUGCCUUAUGUUAAAUGAACAACUGCAGAGAGAUUGUCCUGCUGCCCAACAAUCAUACUACCAUUUGCUAUUCCAGUAUAGAAGAGUACAAAAUGACAAUGUUCCAACAUCUAUGCACGCCAGGAUUUCUUACUGUCUGUGUAGCUCUGCAGAGCCGAGAGGAACAGCGCUAGAGAGAAGGUAAUUUACGGAAGCUCAACUUUGCCCUCAAGUCAUCACUGACAGAUUUUAUUUUCGAAAGCUAUGCGUCUCUCACUCCCGCACAUCUGAGAACCGGCUUAAGGCUGUUUGAAAUAUUCUGACAUUGUCAUAUUUGUGAAGCUAAAACUGCACCAUACAGGUCACUGACAUUUUUUUUUACUCUUAUUUGGUAGACUGUUUAGGUCUUAGCAGUGAAAAAGGUUUGAAAUUACAUUUAACCACUGUGCAGAGGAAAUGAGAAUAUAAAUGGUAUUUUUGUUGUGGGCGCAACGUAGAAAAGGAGAUACUUCAUACACAGUUGUUACAAUAUGAAUAUUUUUAUCUAGUUUAAGUUGUUGUUAUAUUUAUAGAAUGUUUUGACCUUGAAUGACGAGGCUGAAGUGGUUCUGUCCUGUCCUACCUCCAGCCCUGUUCCAGGAAUAACAGGCCUGUUGUUUAAAUGUCACGUUUGUCUGUCUGAUGCAUGGUUCUAUAUUUUUUGCUGUAUGUUUAUUUACUUAAUAAAGAUGUGUGUUGGGAAAUUGA